AUGAGUAAGAUCUCUCUUUCACCGAUAUUAGCUGAUAUUUUUCUAAAUGACUUGGAAUCUAAUAAAAUAGUGAAAAAUAAUCCAUUUACAGAUUAUAUUAAAUUUUACGCUAGGUAUGUUGACGAUACUUUAAUAAUAUGGAAUGGCACAAUUGACAUUCUUCACGAUUUCUUAGAUUUCCUCAAUACUUUACAUGACACUAUUAAAUUUACUUUAGAGAUUCAGAAUGACUCAAAGAGUUUGAACUUUUUAGAUCUUACAUUGACACUCAGAAAUGGAACGAUUGACUUUGGUAUUUAUAGAAAACCAACCCAUACAGGUACAGUUAUCCCUGCCGAUUCACACCACCCCAUACAACAUAAACUGGCUGCUUUUUAUAGUUACAUCAACAGGCUUGUCUCUAUCCCAUUGACUACAACUUCAUUUAACAAAGAAUUAAAAAUUAUCCAACAAAUAGCAGUUAAUAAUGGUUAUACUGUGGACUUAGUAAAUAAAAUUUUACACAAAAAAACAAAUAGAAUUUUAGAACAUCGAGUAUAUACACAGCCUAUUCUAGUCGAACAGGAGCCAAAACCAUAUAGAUCAUUAACAUUUACAGGUCAAUUCUCUUACAAAUUAGCUCAUAUUUUUAAAGAUUACUGUAAUAUUUCUUUUAGAACUAAUUCAAAUUUAGGUUUGGUUUUCUUGAAUAACAAGGACAGUCGUGAUAGAUCUGAGUGUUGUGGAGUUUAUGAGCUUAAAUGCCAUACCUGCUCGUCAUAUUACGUCGGAAGAACCUUUAGAUCGUUUGACACCAGAUUGAAGGAACAUCUUAGAUACAUACAGCGCCCAACAUCUGGACAAUCUCAUUUUUCCCAACAUAUCCGUAACUCCAACCAUAAUUUCAAUCCUGACAUUGAUUUCAAAAUUCUUCACAUCUGCAAAAAGGGCCACGUCCUGAAUAACCUGGAACAUUUUGAGAUUUUAAAAUCUUUAAAGGACCCUACUAGACAUACAUUGAAUGCCCAAUUAGAGCUUGAAUUUAUACCAGCUUAUUCAGUUUUACUAUAAAAUAACCCACUCUUACUACAGUACACAACCCGACAUCUAAUUAAAAGUUCAAACCUGCAAAAUCUAAAAAAUUUUAUUUUAUUUCAAAUCUAUCUUUCAAUAUACAUACACCAACAGCAGUUAUCGUACCCGCCUUUUCAUUCAAACUACUCCAUAGUUCCAACUCACAAUCUUAUACACACUCUUACAAAAUUUUUUAAAAAGUUACAACAACUACUCACUCUUAAUUUCCAAAAUCCCGCUAAUUUUAAUUUUAUUCAAAUCCAUUCUCCAUUGUUCGUUUCCUGUAGAAUUUGAUGAUUUUAUAGCUAAGUACACAGCCAAUUUUCCCAUCUUAGCUUCAUUACUGGACAAUCAAUUACCAUCUGCACUUCUCCACGUGGUGAUAUAAAAAUGUAACCUACAACUUUUUUUAAAAUGUCAGAAAAUUUGCUGGUAUGGCAUUUGAGCUCAUUCUGUUAAUAUCUCAUAGUUGCCUGACCGUUUGAACAUUUAAUACGGAGUCUGAUCAGUGCAAUAUUCUUAAACAUUAAACACGUGUUUCUCAAUAUAAAAAUGUCACCCUAAAUUAUUUGUAAUUCACUAAGACUACACAUUUUAUAUUAUAGCUUUAUAAAUUUAAUAAGUUCCGAUAUGGAGGUGCAUGAUCAUUUUGUACAAGUUAUCAAAACCUUUUAAUCUAUUAAAUACUUUAAAUUUAUAACUUACCAUUUAUGGCGCAUGAGGAAGUUGGUUGGCACCAAUACUUAAAUACAAAUAGGAUUUAAACAAACUUUAGGUUCUCUUUUAAAUUAAAACCCCCCCCCUACCUCCCUCUACACACCUGUCAUUAAACAUUCCGCUUCCUUUGACCUCGUUGACGUGGCAUUGCCACGACUGCAAUAUUAACAAUACUACCAACCAACUUUCUUUUAUUUUUCUUUUUCUUUUUCUUUGUUAUAACUUUCACGUUUUAUAUCUGUUUUCAUUUACUAAAUUUAAAUAGACUAGGCUAAUCAAUUUCUUACUCAUCUACAAUUAUGCAACAGGUGAUAUGCUUGUGCGUUAGAUUAUGCACUGCCUACUUACACUUAAACUCAACACUUCUUCUCUACUUUAAUUCUUCUCUACUUGAAUACUAAUGUAGAAUAAUACAUCUGUUAUCUUUUAAUCAUGUACUUUUAUUAUUGUUACAACAUUUUUUCACAAUAGUGGUUACACAUAUAGUUUAGAUUUUGUUAUUAAUGCUAUAAAUUAACAACUAUCUUUUUUGUAAAAUUUGAAAAUGCUGUAUACUUUAUGUUACUAUGGCCCGAUUGUACAUUGGCGGCUUAAGCUAUGGCUUAGUUGAACCGGGUUCAAUUUUGAGCGUCGGUUUAACUUCAUUCGGGUUGUUCAAUGCCGAGUUCAGUUAAGCCGAGGUUCAUACAAAUUUUGGUAAGGUUGGCAACGUAAGGCAUGCGUAUUCAAAGCAAUUCCCGUCAAUUCUCGACAUAAAUUUUCCCGCCAUUUAUGUAUUAUUAUUUGGUUUUUGUCAAUAUAAUUCUUUUAUUACUGUUAUUAGUUUAAUCGGUAUUUUCUAUCGUUUAGUUUAUCAGUUUAAUCAAUUUCCUACGUUAAAUUUGUGAACAGACCAUUUGAAUAGCUUGUGAUGAAGGAUUGCGUAAGGGUGUUAUCAGGUUUUCUUGACUCCGUAACCACUAUCACCAAAGAAGAUACUAAUUCAAUCUUCACAUUCUCUUCUCAUAAAUAUUUAACUGUUUACAGCUAUGAUUUCAAAUUCACUCAAAAAUGUUAAUAUUUGCCUUAUUCUAGGGAAGUAGGUAGGUAAUUUAAAUAAUUUUAGAAGGUAAAUUAGUUUGUAAUUAUUAUUAAAUAAAGUGAUAAUAUGUACCUACAUAAGCAUGGUACAAAUAUAAUUAAUUUAAGAUUUAUUAAUAAAUUAUGUACAUCUAAUUUAAUAAAUUAACAAAAUCGUUUUCUACAUUUGCUUCAAAAUCAUUCACAAGUUGCAAAAAGGAGCCUGUUGCUUAAAACCAGUGAUAUGGGCCCACUUCACUGCACAAAACCUUAAUUUAAGGCAAUAAAAACAAUGUUCUUAGAAGAUACAGCUUGGUUCUUGAAAUGUCAAUAACAAAUUUGCCACUUGUUUUCGUUCUCGUUCUUACCUAUCUGUUCGAUUUUUUAUUCUAUGAGCAAUACUAGUUUCAUACAAAUAGUGAACAGUGAACAGAUAUCCAAAAUCUUUGCAACAAUGCAUAAUGCAUUAUCCUUCCAUUUUCAAAAUGAUUUUCUCUAGACCUACACUGUUUCUGUGUUCUCCUUCCUUCUAGAAUAUUUACCAUUUCCAGAAAAUCUUCAUUAUUAGUUAAAUUUUCAAUGAGGUUCAUUUUUAAGGUGUAAAUAUUAUGAUUUCCGUUGACAAAUGACAAAAAUGUGAGGUUAAAAAUGCUUGAACCAGCGUUAAACCGCCGAACAUCGACCGCUCAGCUGAACCCGGGCUUAAACCGAGCUCAAGCUUAAACUUUGUAUGUACAACGCACUUCUUGCCCUGAACUCGGUAAUGGCGCUGAGCCGGAGUUGAACCUCGAUUGUACAACCGGGCCUAUGAGAUUUAAUUAAAAUAGACAAUUACUGUACAACAUUUGAGAAGAAGUGUUUUGACAUUUCAGAUAACCUACAUCUGUCUACACUGUCAAUAUUCCCUCUUGAAAACACAAAAACUAGACUUCAAUUUAGGAAGUAAAAACUAAGUUAAAUAGUAAUUGGGGAAAUGUAGUGCUACCUCCCUUAAAAAAACCUUUUACCAAUAAUUGUUAUGUCUUUGUGCUUUUAAACCCUAUGUGUUAUGUGUUAAUUUAUUUAUUUAGUUAAAAACUAUUCUCAAGUAAGUGCCUACACCCUUCCAUUAAGAUUUCGUUUCUUUCUUUUUCUUUGUACAUAUCCCAUUAUACAAUAGCUCAAACAAAAUAUUCUUUAAUUUUAUCAAUUUCUUACCUUUUUGAAAUUUUUCAAUUUACAGUUUCUUAACCGAUGUUUUGAUAAUAAUUUUUUCAUUUAACUAACUAGUUUCCCUUUAUUUCUAUACACUCCAUAGUUUCAUAGUGUAUGGCACUUACUACUUCAUAAUAUUAUGAUAUUAUUAUACUUAUGACAUCCCUCAGUUAAUUUACUGAGAACAACAUAUCUUAAAUUGUAUUAAUUUAUGACAACAAUUUCCUAUUUGUCAUGUCCUAUACUUUGACCUCUGCCCGCAUCGUAUAACAUCUACGAGCCUAGACCAUCACAUUUGUACAAGAUCCUAGAAUAACAUUUCAUACUUUGCUACAAUUAAUACGCAACUCCUGGAGCAUUGUCUUUCUCCAUUCGAACAAAACAUCACCCGUUUCACAUACGCAUCUUCCUUCAGGAUCAAUUCCAAAUUUGAAAUCUUACUGUGUUUUAACCUACGUAACAUGUCUGUUUACCCUAUCACUAUCCUAACAAACCAAUUAGCAUAAUUUGGACGUACUAAUAUGACAACAACUAAGUUGCAACGCAAUCCUUGUAACGGCAUGUAAGUAGAUUAGAACAAUAUUACUAUCUCUUUUAUUAUUACUACUUUGAAUUUGGAAGCAUAUUUAAGUCAGUUUAUGUUUAUUUUGUUUUUUAAUGGUUAAAAAUUUUAAUCUCAACAAAUUCAAACUGUAUGCACCCAUUUGCACAUACAUGCCUAUGAGCAUUUUUACUCAUAGGUUUGACUUUGUAUAUACCAAUAUUCUGAAAUGUCAACAGUUGCAAACCUUUAUUUCAAAAAAUUUUAUAAAAAAUUUUUAAAUUUGGCUUUCUAUUAACAUCUCUUCAAUCAGACACUGGUCUAACACAAGUUUUCUCUUAUUGUAGCAUUUAACUACUUGUAACGCCGACCUGAAGAUGAUCUGUAUAUUGUAGAGAUCGAAACCGGUCGUCAAAGUAUAAUUAAAUGAUUGUGAGUAA